AUGACAGUAUACUAUCUUCACGCACCUACUUACUCAUCCAUGAUGAUAGGAUCAUCCUCCGAAUUUGAUACACACGAUGAUCAUCACAAGGUCCGAUCAGAUCAUCGUUGUUCCUCCAACGCAAAAUUAAUCCCAUCCCAUCUCCACUCCACUACACCUACCCCCUCAGGUUUCCGCAGCGACGAACGAAACGGCCGGUCAGAUAGUGACUUCCGAUUCCACUGGUCCGACUCAGACAAAGACAAGACAGGAGAAACGAGAAUACCAGGGAAAAAAAGAAAAAAGGGAGAGCUUGUUUCAAGGUUGGGCGACGAGGCUCACGAGGUCAACUUACCUUACCUCUCGAGCAUCACACCAAAAAAGAAGAUUUUUGAAAAUCUUCAAGUCGAGUCAACUUGCCAAAAAAAAAGAAAGAGUCCAUAG